GUUUUCUCCCUCUAACUGCAUUAACUAUCUACACAAACUAGCAACAGUAAAAAAGCUGAGGCAUGGAGGGAGAGAGAGAGAGGGAGGACUUGAGUUGAGUGAGGAGCUUCCCGAAGAGAGAGGACGGAAAAGGGGGAGAGAGAGAGCUUCACUGAAAUAUAUAGAAAUUUAUAAAAUAAAAGUACUAAAUUAUUAAGGGCAGUAGAGCAGCCCCUCCUCCAUGGGCGGGAAUAAGCCAAUAAGGGAAGCUGCGUUUGAAAAAGAGAAAAAAAAAGUCUGAAAAGUUUUGAUUAAGAGCUUCUUGAGUCAUCCUAAGUCACAUGCUCUUCCCUCUUUGCAUUUGAAAACAAAGGUUUGGGUUGGUCCCCAGUCAAAGCCUCCAAGAUUGGGGGAUGGAUCGCCGGAGCUGGUUAUGGAGGAGGAAGUCUUCUGAGAAGAGUCCAGGUGAAACGGAAAGUUCGGGAUCAAUAUCUUCUCAUUCUGAAAGAUAUUCUGAUGACCAGCUGGAGGCAUCAAGAACAUCUCCAAAUCAUAGUGUCCAAUCUCCUGAAGUCACCUCCAAAGUCACAAAUCGCAGUGAGGAGGUCAGUGACAGCGUGAAAAGUUUGACUGAGAAACUAGCAGCAGCUCUUUCAAACAUCAGUGCAAAAGAAGACUUAGUGAAACAGCAUGCAAAGGUUGCAGAAGAAGCUGUCUCAGGUUGGGAAAAGGCAGAAAAAGAAGUAGUGUCUUUGAAGCAACAAUUGGAAGCUGCAGUGCAGAAGAAUUCAUCCCUUGAAGAUCGGGUUGGUCAUCUUGAUGGAGCACUUAAGGAGUGUGUCAGGCAACUUCGCCAAGCAAGAGAGGAGCAAGAACAAAAGAUCCAUGAAGCUGUGGCGAAAAAAGCCAGUGAAUGGGAAUCUGCAAAAUUUGAGCUUGAGAACCAAGUUGUUGAGCUCCAGACCCAAGUUGAAGCUGCAAAACUUGAGGCUGCUUCUGAUUCUGGUAUCCAGUUGAAGCUUGAGGCUGCGGAGAAAGAAAAUGCUGCCUUAAAACUUCAGCUUCUUGCUCGAAUUGAGGAGCUUGAAAUUAGGACUCUGGAAAGGGACCUAAGUACACAAACAGCUGAAUCAGCUAGCAAGCAGCAUUUGGAAAGCAUAAAGAAGGUGGCUAGGCUUGAGGCUGAGUGUCGUAGACUACGAGCAAUAUCUCGUAAGGCCGCUUUAGCUAAUGAUCACAAGUCUGUUGCUGCCUCUUCAAUUUAUGUUGAAUCACUCACUGACAGCCAAUCAGAUAGUGGGGAGCGAUUACUUGGAGUUGAGACUGAUACCCGUAAGAUAAGUAGUUUGGAGCUUAAUGAUUGUGAACCAAGCUGCUCAGACUCAUGGGCAUCUGCUCUAAUUGCCGAGCUUGAUCAAUUCAAGCAAGAUAAGGCCAUUGGUAGGAACCUAACCACAUCUUCUGUAGAGAUUGAUCUCAUGGAUGAUUUCCUUGAAAUGGAGCGGCUUGCAGCACUCCCUGAAACAGAGAGUGGAAGACCUGAGCCAGUAGCUGCUUCAGACCAAAUUGAUAGUGGGCAAAACUCAAUUAAGGCUGAGCUUGAAGCUAUGAUUCAUCGGACUGCUGAAUUGGAAGAGAAAUUAGAGAAAAUGGAAGAGGAGAAAGCAGCAUUAGAUAUGGCUCUAGCAGAGAGUCAAGGCCGACUUGAGAUGUCACAGAAUCAACUGUGGGAAGCUGAGGAGAAGUUGGUGGAGCUGCAGAGGCAGCUAGAUCUGGCCAACAACUUGAAACAAGCUGCCGAAGUAAAAAUAGAAGCUUCCAAUACACAGAGAGAAUUGGUAGAGUCACACCUUGUAAGUGCAGAUGCAGAGGUUUGGGCCUUGCGCACAAAGGUGUGUUCAUUGGAAGCAGAAAUCGAAAAGGAACGUGCUUUGUCAGCUGAAGUUGCAGCAAAGUGUAAGAAAUUAGAGGAUGAGCUCUUGGGAAAGAGAAAUGAAGCUGAGCUUCGGAGAGCUUCAAUAUCAAAAUCAAACGAUGAGUUGAAGACAAAGCAGGAAAAGGAGCUUGCAGUGGCAGCUGGAAAACUAUCAGAAUGUCAGAAGACCAUUGCAUCUCUUGGAAGGCAGUUGAAAGCACUAGCAACUCUGGAGGACUUCCUGAUUGAUUCUGAGAAACCACUGGACCUCAGUGGAUCACCUAUUCCUAAAAUUGGAGAGUCAUGGAAAUUGCAUUCAAAUGAAGCCUAUAUACCCAAACCAGAAGGUCAUUCUUCAAAAAUAGAUGGGAAUGUCUCUGGUCCUUCUAUGAAUGGCAAAAGCGGAGAGUCGCAACCAUCAUCCACCCCGACACUAAAUCAUGCAGUUGCCUCUGAAAAGAGCCGAAGCGGGUUGGGAAAAUUGUUCUCUCGGAGUAAGAACGGCAUUCAUGUAGAAAGUCAGUGAGGAAAAACACAAAAAAGAAAUAGUUUUUGCUUGCUGUUGUAAAAUCACACGGUAUUGGUUUCUCAAUGGUGAAGUUGCUUAUUAAUUUUUCCAUUAAUCAGCAGCUAUUAAUACCA